AGAACAACUGCACCGCACCUGUCAAACUUGCCAUGUCUUGCUUGAUGGAUGGAAGAGAAGAGGUGAUUGUCACGGCAGUUGAGGGAGACUUGCAGAGUGCCAUCUAUGAUCAACUCAUGGAUUUGAGGGCGUAUCUGGACCUGCAAUUCGAAAGGCAGUCUCACCUCAUCCAGUGCACCCACCUGAAGCACAACGCCCCCCCCACGCGCCCAGCGCCCGCGGCGCCGCACGCGCCGCACGCGCCGCACGCGCCGCGGCUGCGGCGGAACACCACCACGUCGGAGCUGCAGCGGAGCUGGGGCUCGGAGGAGUACAAGUCAGAGAUCCGAUCCCAUCAGUCUGAGGAGCCGGACGAGGCCAUUCGCUCCAAUCAUUUCCCCAAGCUUUCGACCUUCUCACUGGCCUCAAUGGCAUCAAGUGCCUAUUCCAACAGCAACAAGCGCCGAACCUUGGUAAAGACGGCCGUGCUGGAACGGUGCAUCUCUGCACAGAUGAAGGAGCAGAAAAGAAAGCGCGAACGCUUCUCAAUGGUGCAAAACAGCAUCCUCGUCGAAGAGGAGGAGGGAACACUUCAGAGGUUUGUGUCCUCAUCGUCCUUCAGCUACGCGCUCAUGGCGCUGAUUGUGAUGAACGCCAUCCUCAUGGGCAUCGAAAUCGACGUGACAGCGGGGCUGGCGCAGGAAGACAUUCCAGGAUGGUUUGCAGUCGUGAAUAGUAUUUUUGUGGUGAUCUUCGUGAUCGAAAUCUCUUUGAGAAUUCUGGCCUUUGGCUGCUACUCCUUCUGGAGAGGUGAAGAGAAUUGGUGGAACAUUUGGGACUUUUUGAUCGUGCUGGUCUCUGUGGUGGUGAUUGCAUGGUGGGCUUCUUCACUCCUGGAGUUUCAAAACUAUGGCUCCAACACCAUCCGCGUGCUGCGCGCUUUGCGCCUGGCGCGGAUCUUCCGCGGCGUGCGCAUCACGCGGCUCUUUCGGUACUUCAGCGCCUUGAGAGCCUUGAUCCUCUCCAUCAUGAGCACGAUGGGUUCAUUAAUGUGGACUCUCUUCUUGCUACUGGUCAUCUUCUACAUCUUCUCUCUCAUCUUUGCCGAGCUGGUCAGUGACUUUUGCCGAUCCGCCACCAACAACUCGACCUUGGUUCCGGUGUGUCCCGAUAAUGAGCAAGGACUGGAGGGGCUCGUCUACUGGGAGGGCAUCAUCCAAUGCAUGCACACGCUCUUUAUGACGAUCACAGGUGGGAUUGAUUGGAAUGAAGCCUACCGUCCACUCAAGAAGGUCUCAUUCGUAGGAGUGACUUUGAUGAACUUGUACAUCGUGAUCGGCUUCUUCACAAUCCUCAAUGUCAUUACCGGCGUGUUCGUGAACACAGCAAUCGAAGGUGCCAGUGCUGACAAAGACAUUGCCACCUUGAAGCAGGCGCAAAACCGGGUGAUGCAUGUCGCUUCCUUACGGCAAGCCUUCCAUGAGAUCGAAACAGCCACCGGCCACUUGUUGAAUGCACAAGACCUGGCGGCCGCUAUGGAAGAAGACAAACUUAGUGCCUUUAUGGAGUCUCUGGGUAUUUCCACGGAUGACGUGUGGACCUUGUUCUUGCUGAUCGACAAGGAUGAUGAUGGGCUGGUGGAUAUCGAGCAGUUUGUUGCCGGCUGCAUGCAGCUCCGGGGACCGGCGAAGAGUUUGCAGGUCGCCAAGAUGAGCUACGAGAAUCGCAUCACCCGAGAACAGAUCAAGAGGAUUGUUGAUGACAUGGAUGAACUGAAAGCAGAUGUGGCCAAGCUGGUUGAGGCGAGAGAGAGAAAGCUGGCUUCUGUCCUUGGUCCACAAGCAGUUUCGGAAGCCCUGUGAGUUUGCCAAGUUGUUCCUGUACAUAAAGUCAAUGCGUCCAAGACGCCAAGAUCAUUUUCAGCUUUUGAGUCCUGGUGGCCAGUGCCGAGCAACAGAAAC